AUGCUUACCGAAAAGUUCAUCGCGUCCAUACGGAAGCCCGCGAUACCGCCCAAGUCGUCCAGCACCGGCACCAAGGACGCUGGGAUUUUCCAACAUGAGCUCCAACCCGUGGCGGCGCCACGCGCGGUCUUCAAAAAGAGCACAACCUCAGCGCACUGCCUUGCAGUGAGCGAGACUCACAUAUUCGCCGCGCAGUCGGAUAAAGCGGUCAUCCAUGUCUAUAGUCGGGAGAGGGGGAAUCAUGAAAACACGGUUCCUUUCCCGGAGAAGAUCACCUGCGUGGAAUUGAUUUGCGACGAUACGGUGCUAGCCUUAGGGACAGCGGCGGGGAGUCUGCUGCUGUGGGAGACUUUAACUGGCCGCAUGGUCUCCGUUCCCGAAUGUCACCUCCAAGCAGUAUCCGUCCUCGCAGUGGACCCGAGCUCCAACUUCCUCCUGUCCGGCUCCGUCGACUCGAAUAUUCACGUCUGGAGUAUACCAUUGCUUCUCUCGUUCUCUCAGUCCGCACAAUCGGAACGCGAUACGCCUCUACAUACCCUGAGUAAUCAUCAGAGCGCGAUCACCGCUCUGAAAAUUGGUCAUACACGGACAGAGUCGUGUAUCGCAAUAUCUGCGUCGGAGGACAAGACUGCCGUGAUCUGGGACUUUCGCACUGGCGACGCCUUACGGACAUAUCUGCUGCCAUCCGUCCCCAAGGCGAUUGAGCUAGACGUCGUGGAUCGAGGGUUCUACACGUCGUAUGACGAUGGAUCCAUUCAGUUGGUCGACUUCUACACAGCGGAUACCACCUCGUCAAUUACCUCUCUAGAACCCGCGAAAGCCGAGAAAACCCUACGAAAUCCGAUCAACCCCCUUCAUACCUCAAGUAUCGAGUCUACAUCCACCGUCCUAUCCCCCUCGCUAUCUUCGCUCUGGAAACCACCCGACCCCUCCCCCGGCCCCGCCCUCUCCCUCCUCCUCUCCUGGGACUCCACGAAACUCCUCUCCGGCCACGACUCCGGCGCCAUCCUCAUCUGGGACAUUUCCACCCGCUCCUCCACCCCCCUCACCACCCUCCCCGGCCCCGUCACCAACCUCCACCUCCUUCCCAUCCACGGCAUCCCCGGCCCCUCCCCCCCUCACGCUGGCACCGGCACCCUCCUCAAGCCCCACACCAUCGUCAAACCCCGCCCCGACCUCACCGGCGCCGUCAACGAAGACCCCGCCCGCCUCGCCCGCAACGGUGGCAUCCCGCUGAACUACGAGUUCCGUGCGCAGAUCCUCCGCGAGCCGGCGACGCUGCAGACCGCCACCGCCUCCACCGCCACGGCGGAUUUCCGCACCCUCCUCGCAUGCACUGUGUUCCCCUCCGACCUCCUCGCCGACGGCAUCGCCGAGCUGGCGGAAUGGUCGGCUGACGGGCUGACGCAUGUGGCGACGCAGGGCGCGACGAACGGCAUUGCGCCCGCGGAGGAGUUCGUGGCGCUGGGAGAGGAGAAGCCGAAGGAGUUGGAUCUGCAGGCGCAGAACGAGCUGCUACGGAAGCAGGUGCGGUCGUUGCAGCGGGUGCAGCGCGUGAAUUUGAAGAUGAUGAGUGCGAUGCGGUAUGAUAGCGAG